AUGGUCUACUGUGGGAAAGCCUCUCAGGGCUGCCAGAAUUGUCGCGUGCGACGUAUCAAGUGUGACAAAAUCAAACCGGAAUGCUCACAAUGUAUUCGGGUUGGGAAAAAGUGCCCUGGUUAUCGUGACCAGCUCUCCCUCAUGUUUCGAGACGAGAGCAGCAAGGUGAUACAAAAAGCACAUGCGCAAUGGGGUGUUGGCGAACCCUCUGAGGGUUUAUCAACACAAACAUCCUCCAGCUCUCUGGCUUCCUCUUAUUCGUCCAACAGCUCUACACAGGCUUCUUCGGUUUCUGCUUCUUCCUCUAUAACGUCUCUACAUAGCUAUCCUGGUCCCGCAGCGAUAGCAUCCUCCUACAAAUUAUUCAGGGAUGGCUGGCCAACAUCUCCUGAUUCAACUACGAGCCAGCAAACACCAUCGCCAGCCCCUCGAUCUCCCGCUUCGUCUUUAUAUCAUACAACCUCAAAUGCUUCUACGGGACAACGUAUCGUUAUACGGCCACCAAGGCUUUCACCGCCAAUCGACCCAAGUCUCGAGGAGCAGGGCGUUCAGUUCUAUGUCAACCGUUACCUGAUAGGCCAUCCAGAUGAGCCUAGGUCCCCCGGCGACUUGUCACACACGGAAUGGCUAUGGGACCCUGCUGUUCAAGACGUGAUGGCCGCAGUUGGCCUCGCUAGCCUUUCCAAUCUCAAAGACGAUCCCAGCAUGAUGACGAUAGCCCGUCAACGAUAUGGGUUGGCUUUGCGCCAGACUGGUCGCCUCGUACAGACCUCGAGCAUGCCGGAUUUUGAGGUCACGAUGCGUUCCGUCGUCAUGCUUGCCAUGUUCGAGGUUUGUGCCCCGACCCCUAAUGCUAGCCAACACACCCGCAUGCUUGUCAAAGGAGCUUAUCAAGGACUAGGGCACGUUCAUGCGCAUGUUAUGGGCGGGCUUGCUCUGUUGCGACGAUGGCUACCUAUGCCAGCGGCCGCUUUCCUCGGUGUUCGUGCCAUGGUACAGAUGUCUUAUUCUCUUUUUAUACCUGCUCACAUGUCCGCAACACCUCUGCCGGACCCCCUGUUCGAAUGGAUUUCGUUUGCAAGAACCCUCCUCGACCCAGUCGACCAUCCUGCUACCGAUCUCGGCCCUUUGAUUGGGCGGUUCAUUCAGGUCUCAACGUACAUAAAGACCCAUGCUCUGGUCGACGGUCGUUCCAUCACAGUGUCCACCCUGAAGCAAUUAUUAGAUAUCGACGAGUCAUUCCUUGGUUGGGAACGAAACCUUGGGCCUACUUGGCGAUUUCGCGAAGACAAAGCGGAGCACCUACCGGCCGCUGCGGUAUUCGAUGGCGCGUGUCAUGUCUAUUUCGACAUGUUUGUUGCACGAAUGUAUGGACAUUACCGAUGGGCGCGGACUCUCUUGAAUCAGACAAUUAUCGAAUUCAUCAAGGCGUACCCUAAAUCCAGCGCGCCCUUGAUCUCGUUGGGCUGA